CCAUCGAAAUUGAGCAAAUUUCAAAUGGCAACACAAAAAUACAAAAUUAAAUUUCAAUGGAAGAAUUAUUCCUUCAAUCCUUUGUUGCCUUUUACAAAAAUGCUUUGCCAUCCUGCCGAGAUCCUGCAGUUGACCGCAACCAUGACCGCGAAGAAACGAUUUUUGCAACAUUUUUUCAACUUUUACGCAAAUAAUGCUCCUUCUUUUUAACCACGAGAAUAUUGGUGUCAAACCUCACGUCUGGGAGGCAUUAGAUAAAUUGGCGAUCAUCGGUACCACGUUUGUCUGAAGCAGGUCAAUCUGAAUAGUGGCUUUGGCAUUCCCAUCUCGCUGAUCGUCUGCCGUAAAAGGAGCUUAUUUCAGAAAAUGAGAAAUAUAUUUGACGUCAUCGAUUUUCUUCUAGAUACGUUAAGUAUCAGAUCCUGUAACAAUUUUUGCGUUCAGUUUAAAAAAAAUGUUUCGAUAUUUGUAAUCACACGACGUCGCGAAGUUCAUUCCAAAGUUUUUAGACCAUUAUUUUCAGUCCAUCCAGAAAACGGGGACCUGGAUGGCGAAUAUAAUCUACUCGCCAAACCCGUUCUGAAAAUAUCCGUAACUUUAUAUCCAACAUUAUGCGAAAAAUUCUCUCAGAUUUCAGAACCUAGAGCUAAUUCUUAAUAAUACUUAAGUGGCUUAGAGGAGCCACUAAGAAAAUAUAUGUUUAAUUUGUAUAUUCUUAAGUAGUCCACAAACUGUGUCGAAGAGCCUCUUCAAAACAAUUCUUAUUCCGAGUUAUAGAUGCUUAGAACUUCAUAUACUCACUAACGCUAGAUACUAUGAGAAGUAUUUUAUCAAUCAUCUAAUAAAUCUUGGAACUUUAAUACACUUUUCUAAAGAAACCGUCUGACUAAAUGAUCGUAAAUUAUAAGUCAACACAAGAACUAGAAAUUUAUUGAAGAGAUUCUGGUUCUAUCUGUGGUCAGAAGCGUGAUAUUCGUUAAUUGUCCCAAUUAGUCGAAAAAACAAAUGAUCUGGGAUACCUAAUUGCCGGAUUCCUAAUUCACGUUCCGUGUGUUGUAGAUGACUUCACUGUAAAACUUUCGGUCUUCAGAGCCUCUAAAUUCGUAUUUCAAAGUGAUUACAUGUGCGAGUUGUGUGCGAUCAAGUAGAUAACUCAAUUUAAUGUUAUAAUGUUUUAAUGCUACAGCUUUGGAUAUGAGAAGGACAAAGAUAACGUUUGUAUACUGUGCUCAAAUGCUAUUCACGGUGGAUGCGGGAUGGAAGCGACGCAACGAGUGUGCAUUGACAGAAACUACCUGCACACAACUUUGUGAAACAACACUGCUUGUCAUAUAACCGAACAUUUUCCGUUUCCUUAUAGCUAGCACCUACAGUCCCUAGCAAUCGCAAAAAGUUCGCAAUCCAAAUCACCUAAGUUCGAAACCGGAUUCUCUCCGCGGUAGUGUGAAGAUUGCAUGAAGUCUUUUUUUCUUACUUGCGACUAAUAUGGAGAUUGCAUAAAAUCUUUUUUCUUGCUUGCGAGUAAUAUCGCCUAAAUGUAUACUAUCCCGGACCUUUUAUGGCUGUUCUAUUUUUAGCUUAUGCUCGUGACGUGUCAUUUCGGAAAAUCUACAUCAUAUUAAAUUUUCAAUGUGCUUUCACUGAGAGCAAAACCAGUUUUCAGUUUAAUGUCACACAGCAUUUUUUUUGCUUUCGAUUUUGAUCUUUUAACCGUUAAAACGACCAAAACGAUAGCAAAUUAAGUAAUCGAUAUAUACGAACAGCACAACAUCAAAUUUAGUUUUCUUUUUGAUCUCACUCUCUACUCGGGCUACAGUACAAUAAUGCUACCAAGCGAGUCAAUGAAAUAGCAAGCGGAAACUGCACGUUUUCAGAGUGCCCGUCUUCGUGCUAGUCGAUCGCAUCACAUCGCAUUCGCCAUUACUGGUGUACUUUUUUAUGAGGUGGAAAAUGAUGGAAAAUUUAUGAGUUUUAAAUGAAAAUAUUUAUUGAAGCCAGCGUUGCUGUACUAACCAUAUACUGAAGUUCCAGAAAAAUGAAAGAAAAUGUUUAUCCUUAUCGAAAAAGGUUUGAGAUGAUGAAAGGACGCACAACAACAAAAAGUACUCAACUCCGAAGUCAGUGACCAGUUCAAAUGAACUGUGUAGGUAAAUCAAAUGAAUUGUAGGUGGAUCUAUCAGAAGCAGUUAGUAUUUUUUCGAUGGAGAGUGACAGAGUGAGAUAGAUAGAACCACGAACAUGAGAGAAUCGACAAACUAAGAAAAAUUAAAAAAAAAUGUCACAGGAAGGUUAAUUAAGUGUGCAAUUAUGAGAGACGAGCGAAGUGGAAGUGGUGAAAUUAAUUACUGUUUUGUUGCCACCCUCGUAACUGGCGUUAUAAAGUCGUAUCUUUGUGGUUUCAUACGUAAGCUAUACGAAUAAAUAAAUGCUCGAGGCAAAUGCAGUUGGAAAAACAAAUAUAAGAAAAUUGAAAAAUAAUACCUAUUACGAUUCCGUCGUUUAGCAGACGUCGCAAAAGUUAUUUGCUUAGCAGUGGCGUUUGGAUCAGUGGGCACUGGAGUAAUGCACCAUGGAUGGGGUGAUUAACUAUCCGGCUUCCGGUUCUGGAAUAACAGAGACGCUGGAAAGACACGAAAUUAAGUAAAUCAGUUCCAAACUGAUCAAAAUGGUUGACCCAGAAAUGAACAAAUUAUGUUAGCACUUCCCUCGGUCCGGCCAAGCCUCGACAGCGUUGGACUCUCGUCUCAUGCCCGUCGGGACACACCCGUGUGAGCUGUGUUUGUCUUAUCAAGCUCGGAGCUAAGCAAACAAAUUGCUGAAAGAACAUAGCUCGAACCAGGUGUCAUCCACAACCGAAUCCAUUUACCGUUGAGCAAAACGAAUGUUCGAGUAGCGAAAAGGACACACUCUAUAAAACUCAACAACCGACCCUGACAACCGUAUGGCCAUCCGGAAAAAGAUCCUUCAUCAUAGUCGUUGACUGUUGUUCCCCUCUGACCGUUCGUAGUACAUUGCUGUUUCCGGCUGUAGUCGGGAAAAAGUUCGGAUUGUUAGUGCCUGGGAUAUGUGCAGCAUAGUCUUCACCACCAACAUCAUUGUUGCCGCCAGACAACCUGGGCCCGUCAGCAGCACACGAUUCAAUUGAGUUUUCCUCCGGUGCUAUCAUGUGUCACGUAGCCCCUUAAUGUUUUAGUGCAGCGAGAAAAAAAUUCCUGUAUUUGUGUUGACACGGAACUUGGUGCGGCAUAGGACAAGUGUAUUAUAAAUGGAAGACUUAUUGAAAUUUCGAAAACGCUGCAGCGUUUGAUAAUCGAGUCACAAGAUCGAAAACAGAAUCCAACGGUACGAUGGAUAGUAAUCUGACAUACUUCCUGACCGGAGGAGGCUUAUUUGGUGACAACACCUCACUGGAUGAGUUCGUACUGAGUGGUUUAGAUGGAAGCGGAUUUGAAGGAUCGAACGACAGUUUUUUGCACAGUAACUUCACCUGUCCCCCGACGAGUAUGCCAAUUACGUACACUCUUUUCAUGAUUCUGUACGCUGUCGUGUGUCUGAUCGGUGUCAUGGGCAAUACGUUGGUAAUCUAUGUGGUGCUGAGGUUCUCCAACAUGCAAACGGUAACCAACAUGUACAUUUUGAAUCUGGCCAUUGCGGACGAGUGCUUCCUGAUUGGAAUCCCAUUCCUAAUCGCAACGAUGCACAUGCGGCGCUGGGUUUUCAGUGGAGCCAUGUGCAAGGCUUACAUGGUCAGCACAUCGAUUACACAGUUUACUUCGUCAAUAUUUCUGUUCAUCAUGUCCGCCGACCGGUACAUUGCCAUUUGUCAUCAUAUCUCCUCACCGAAAUACCGAACGCCGCUCGUAUCACGUGUGGUCUCUGCGCUGGCUUGGCUAGCCUCAGCCAUAAUCAUGCUACCAAUAAUGAUAUAUGGUAACAGUAUUGAGGUAGUGCCCAACACAUACUCCUGCCAAAUUGUGUGGCCAGAAUCGCACGAACACCUGCCUGGCACUACCUUUACCCUUUACUCGUUGAUACUGGGAUUUGUCAUCCCUCUCUGCUUCAUUAUGACCUUUUACUGUCUGGUGAUAAGGAAGCUUCGCAACGUUGGACCCAAAACCACAAACAAAUCACGCGGAAAACGACGCUCGCAUAGAAAAGUCACUAAAUUAGUUCUCACUGUCAUCACAGUGUACAUUCUAUGUUGGUUGCCGUACUGGAUUUCCCAGGUGGCGCUCAUAAGCUCACCAGCCGAAUCAUGCCAAACGCGUUUAGAUAUCAUCCUAUUCCUAUUAGUAGGCUGUCUUGGUUAUAUCAACUCAGCUAUCAACCCAAUUCUCUACGCGUACCUUAGUGAAAAUUUCAAGAAAAGUUUCAUGAAAGCUUGCACCUGUGCCGCCCGGGCCGAAGUGAAUGCCCAGUUGAAACUUGAAAAUAGUGUCAUGCCCAAGCGGUCCCGCACUCGCACCAAUUCGGACACCACCCAGCUGACGACAUCCAAGGUGCAGCACCGACUGUUGAUCGAUCCAACCACAACGGGUACGACAACCACAACAGCAGCUUCAACUGUGUCCUCACGGAAUCCCAGCCCACCGGUUCAGAGGAGUUUGAUGAAUAAUAGUAAUAAUAAUAAUAAUAACAACAAUAAUAGCUACGGUAACCACAGUGCUAUCGCCGGUAGCAGUGGGAACAAUGCAAAGAACUGCAACAACGAGCAACGACCGGGAACGGCCACCACCCACAUUUAUAGUAGCGUGAAUAAUACCAGCUCGACGGCAUCAAAUGUCAACAGUAGUGUAGGCGAAUUAGUGCAAUUGUCUUAAAUCGAAUCUUAUACAGUUGUUCCAAACAAUUGGCUAGGAGAAUAUAUUUGUAUAAUAUGUCAAAAAUGUGGCAAAAAAGUGAGAAACAAAACGAUGUAAUUAAGAUAAAAUUGAAUGUAAUAAAACUAUUCACUAUUUCGGGGCCUGGCCACGCGUUUAUGUGUGGGAUGUGAAUUUUA